CAUUUCCGCUUCCGGUUCAAACGUAUUUACACAAAAACGAAGACAGUGUGUGAAAAAUGAGUGGCGGUUUGGCCCCGAGUAAAAGCACUGUUUACAUUUCUAACCUGCCGUUUUCGCUGACUAAUAACGACUUGCACAAGUUAUGCACGAAAUACGGCAAAGUUGUUAAGGUGACGAUUGUGAAGGACAAACAAACGCGGAAGAGUAAAGGUGUCGCGUUUGUGCUGUUCCUGGACAGGGAGUCUGCUCAUAACUGUGCUCGGUCUCUGAACCACAAGGAGCUCUUCGGCAGGACGGUGAAGGCCAGCAUCGCUAUUGAUAACGGAAGAGCUGCAGAGUUCAUCAGGAGAAGAAACUACACCGACAAGUCCAAGUGUUACGAGUGUGGCGAAGACGGUCACUUGAGUUACUCCUGCCCAAACAAUUUGCUCGGAGAAAGAGAGCCUCCACCCAAAAAGGAAAAGAAGAAGAAGAAGAAGUUGAUGAUGAAGCACGUCGACGAGGUUGAGCCCGAGGAAAGCGAAGAUGAAGGAGAAGACCCUGCACUGGACAGUUUAAGCCAGGCCAUUGCUUUUCAGCAAGCUCGGAUUGAAGAGGAAGACAGACGAAGGAAGCAGACUGCAGGAGACUCGAGCCACACUUCCACAUCAGACAGCUCGUAUAAACCCAGGAUCAAGAAGAGCACAUACUUCAGUGAUGAGGAAGAGCUGAGUGACUGACUGAUGAACAUUUCCCACUCCCUAAGAUCUUUAUUAUCAAAGAUCAGUUAAAAUAUCUCAAAGGCUUUUCAAGAACUUGCAAGUAAAAUACAGUUAAAAGAAAUAAAUCUGUCACUUGGUGUUUGGAAAGCUUUAGUAACUGAUGCAUGAACAACACCUUAUUGUGAUUGGAAAAGUUGUGGUCACUCUGUACAGCAUUUCAGAAUUGAAUUUGACUUUUAAAAGUCUGUGUUAAUUGCUUUACUCAUUUUCUUUUAUAUUGUAAAUAAUAAAGCAAAGAAUGUCUACUCAUCGGUA